UCCCGCACUCCAUAUUCGGCUCACGGAACAGAGCAAACUCUUCCUCUAUACUAUUGAAUAGUCUAUAUUGCUUCUUCCCGCGUGAAUAUCUUUUUGUCCUAACCCCGCAAGCUUGUCAAGAUGGUGGUCGGCCGCCUUACUCAUUAUGCCUUUGACGCCGUGCUUUUCUCCGCUUUCCUAGCAGGCGUCAAACGCUCAACAGGCCUCACCCCCAGUCUGGACUCCGACAAGAUCACCGAUAACAAGGACUUCAAGAAGUGGAUUGACAACUACCUGGGUGUCGGCGAAUGGGUGAUGGACCAGUCAAUCGCGGUUUUUGGGAGCACGAGCUAUUUUGAGAGGAAGCGGUGAUACAACUUCCAACUGUUUUCUUGGUCAUCUUUGUGGAUGGGAGGAUCAUGUGUACUGAAGAGACGGCAUGUCGGUGACCACUUGUUGGACCCAGGACGGUUCCAUCCCCGCUACGCUGAUCAUGUUGAUGUUCCUGUGCUGCGACAUGCAAAUUGGCGUUAGGGAAUGCUGUUAUUCUUAUCUUUACCUUAUACCAUACAUUGAGUGAACUUGGUGAGAUGAAACAUUCAAGGAUAUAGCUUGCAUAUGAGUCACCGUCACGGGCUGUUAGACGUAUACAGUGGGAGUGUUUCCAGAUUAGCUUGAGAAGACAAGGUCAAAAGAUGCUUUGUACCGAAAGACAGGGUGGAUACCAAGAACUCUAUAGAUCAGACUAUAUCUUCAGUCGAUAUAGAAAUAGUGGAUGCGACGGGCUCUAGUGAUAAGAGACAAUUACGAGCAGGAGAAUUAACAAAUGACCAUAUCAAACGCCGCAACAGUACUCCCUCAGUAAAUGAUCAACAGGAAACAAAUACCAAACACCGAUGAAUACAAGGGGGAAAGUAUAGAAAAGGCAGCCUAUUCGUUACUCGUGAACUUCGUCAUUAAUCGCCCACCAAUGCUGCUUCAUCAUGACCGGAUGAGGGCAUCGA